AUAUCCUUCAUUUCGUGACUUAAGUAAUAAAGUACUUUCCCUUUUCCACUAAUAGUAACUUCACUGAAUAAAUUUGGCGAUAACUAUCUAUAAUCUAUGGCAGGUCUAAAGCGUAAGCUAGAAGGUGAGAUAGAGAUAAGAGUUGCAGGGGGUGAUGCCUUCCAUGAACUGUUCCAAGACAGGCCUCAUCAUAUCUGCAACAUUCAUCCUGAGUUUGUGCAUGGCUGUGACUUGCAUGAUGGUGCUUUUGGUACUGCCGGAUCUAAAAUAUGCUGGAAUUAUACUUUAGAUGGGAAGCGUCAAUCUGCAAAGCAAAUACUUGAAUUGAUCGACGAGGAGAAUAAGAUCAUCAAAUUCAAGAUGCUGGAAGGAGAUUUGAUGGAAGAUUAUAACACCUUUGUUCUAACUUAUCAGGUUCUACCAGAAAGUAAGGAAAUUAGUUUAGUAAAAUGGAUAUUUGAAUACGAGAAGAAGCAUCCAGGCGUUCCUGAGCCAUCAUCUUUAAUGGAUACAUUGCUCGGACUGGCGAAGAAGAUUGAUGAUCAUCACCAUCGCCAAGAUAAAUAGACUUAAAUAAUUGAGCAAUGCAUCUAGCAGUUAGCACUGCUUGCUUCAUUACUUCGGUGUCUACUUGCAUUUUGAUACGAGUAUUGUCUCUUUCAAGUUGUGUGUGAGAUGUAAUAUUUGAUGUGUUUUUCACUUACAUGUGACAUGUAUCGUUAUGCAUGAAUGUCAACUAGCUUAUUUGGUAAGGUCUUGUAAGGUCGUGGUAUUCAAGAUCAACCGUGGAAUGUAGUACAUAUCAGUAUAUCACUACCUUCCGUGUUUUUCUAUUACCACAAAAAUAAAGCAUGCAUUGUAAUGCAUUCUUCUUAAAUGUAUGUCAUCAUCUUUGUGAUAGUAGUAUUGAGAAAUGUCAAGUAUAUUAUAUAUAA